AUGUCUCUCAGACGCAAGUCUUGUAAUGCCUGCUUCAAGGGCCGCCGGAAGUGCAAUUUGGCCUAUCCCAUAUGCGAUAUCUGUCGAAAGACGAAGAAGGUCUGCCAAUAUGCUUAUCCGCCUAUUACCGAGCCCAGCGACGACCAUUCAACAGCAUCAGACAGUUCUAUCGCUCAGCUAGCCAUGCCUGAUGACACUCUGGAAGCGUUGAUGGGGGCAGUUGAUACUUCGCUUGGUUACCUAGAAUCAGGCGACAUCGCCGGCCUGUUCGAGCUAUCGCCACAAUUUCCCCAGCCCGGAUCGGCGUCAGGUCUGAUGAUGCCCGAAUCUCCACCGAGCCUGCUGGGAGGUAUAGGGAGGUUCCUGGGUUCUCUGGGCGAGGUCCAGCCCAUCCAAGGCAGCACGCAAUCCUGGCAAUGGAUGAUUGACGAACUGAAACAUUUCCCGCCAGAAUUCGCCCAGCGAGCAGAAACAAUCUUCAUUCACCGCGAUCUAUAUCGCGACGCCAUGCCACAGCCUAUCCGGACGGCACUUGGUGUCUCUUCCAUGUCGCGCAUGCUGUCCGAUGCUAAUCGGGAUGUUUUCUUCCGGAUCAUAGAUGCUGAAUUUCUUGAACUUCUGCAGCCCACAAACCCGGCUCCUCUACUCGACGAACUUGCCAGGUUGCAGGCGUUGGUGAUUCAUCAAACAUUACGGCUUUUUCACGGCGACAUCGCCCAGCGGAUUGUAGCCGAACAACAGCAAGGCAUCUUGUUGGCAUCUGCGCUGAAGCUCCUUGGCCGUUCUCAACCCGAGCCAUCUGAAACAAGCCGGGACAGCUGGAUCCUCGCAGAGUGUAUCCGCCGGACGGCCAUCAUAGUGUACAUGCUCUACGGUGUAAACUCAAUUUUCCGAGAUGGGGUCUGCGUCGGGUUGCACACAUUGGUCAAACUGCCCAUAUCAACAACUCUCACCAGGUGGGACUCUGAGGGUGAUCAGGAUCCAGGGUCUGGCAGCGCGAUAGCAUACGAGGAUUUCUUUGCCCGUUGGCUCGUUUCCACACCAAGGCACCUAGAUCGCUUUGAGAAGCUGCUCCUUGUUCCAUGCCAGGGACUGGAUUCUGUCAACGCAUAUACUGGGGCUGUUUAA